AUGUAUACGAAAUCAAUUGUAUUUAUCACGUUGGCUUACAUCCACAUUUCUUAUUGCACCACGGAGGAUGAUGGCCGGAUGGACGUAGUCAAACCGACAGUCGACAAAGUAAGGGAAGUAAUACAGUCCGUUUCCGGUGUCAGUGGGUCAUAUAAUACUGCAGAGUCAAACUCUGGGUUCUCGAACCCGGUGAAACCUUCAGUGUCGGAAACAGCUGUACCACAACCAGGAUCAUCGACAACCACAGAACCGGUUACCACUGGUGGUUGA